CACACCUGCACCGUGCACCCGGUAUAACUUUUUUUUAUCUAUCUUUUCUCCUCCCACCCAGACUAAUAAGCACAUCUGCCAUCUAAUCCUGGAAUUGACGGUCCUGAAGACACAACCAUGGGCUCUCAAAAGGGAAACAAGCCCUCCGGGCGUACGCUUUCCUUAAAGACAAAUAACAAGCUCCGGAGGCAGGCACUUUACGUUGAGAACAAGAAAGCCGCCGACAAAUCUCGCCAUGAGGAACGGCAUAGGCGCAGGAAGGAGGAGGAGAAGGAUCCCGAGUUACGGCGGGCGCGGUUGGAGCGGAACCAACCCGUCAGCCUUGAUAUGAAGCGCGUAUGGGAUGAGGGCGAUGGCGAAACCCUAGGCACAGCAGUGGACAUUGCUCAAGCGAAGCGACGCCGGCUCGAGGAGGAAGAGGCAGAAUCCGCCCAGCAGGCAGACGGAGACGCCGACGAAGACGACGAACUGGACAGCAUGCUCGGGUCCGGCGACGAGGGUCAGGACGAGGACGAGGACGAGGAUGAGGACGAAGACGAGCGCAUGGAGAGGAUACGACGAAAACGGCUGGCUCGUGACACCAGUGUUGCGCCGUCAACUACGAGUACGAAUCUCGACAUCACCCCGGCUUUCUUGGCUGCGAAGUUUCCGAAUCUCUUUACCGAAGACCCUGUACCACCUCCGAAGAUUCUUAUCACGACCUCCCUGAAUGCAACUAUACACCAUGAAGCCCAAGACAUAGGCAGCAUCUUCCCGAACAGCAAGUAUAUUCCACGCUCGGCCCACCGGUACGGGCACAAGUAUUCAGUCAGGGAGAUUUGCAAGUUUGCUGCCAACCGUGGAUACACGGCUGUGGUAGUGAUAAAGGAAGACCAAAAGAAGCCCACGGCCAUGUCGGUUGUGCACUUGCCCCACGGACCGACCCUUACCUACAGCCUCACACGCUACAUGCCGGGGAAGAAGAUUCCCGGCCACGGAAAUCCCACGAACCACUUUCCGGAACUGCUGCUCAACAACUUCAAGACGGGCCUGGGCAUAUUAGUAGCAAAGUCGUUCUGGACGCUCUUCCCGCCGCAGCCCGAGAUUGUCGGCCGCCAAGUCCUCACAGUGCAUAACCAGCGAGAUUAUCUUUUCGUUCGCUACUCACGUUAUGUUGUGCGUGACCGCAAACCGACGGAGCGGAGCGUUACCGGCGUCGAUGGAAAGGACAUCAAGGGUUUCGAAGACAUCCGCGUGGGGUUGCAGGAACUCGGGCCCAGAUUCACAAUGAAACUUCGCAGGGUAGACAAGGGCGUUGGCCGAGCUGGCAGCGAGGGAGAAGAUGCGCAGCCGUGGGAGUGGAAGGGGAAGAUGGAGAAGAAGCGUACUCACUUCAACUUGUAAGACGCGACCGGACACGUUCCAGUGGGGCCUGGGCUGGGCGAGCCGGGAGGGACGGAGUAUGGAGUGUCAAGCUCGAUCUGCACAGGGCGCCCCGAUAUCUAGAAGCUGUCUCGCAAAUAGAAUGCGCGAGGCUGUUGGGAACACGCAUUGAUACCCUGAAAGUUGUCGCAUGGGCCUCGGGCGACCCGUAUCGAACCUUGUAUCGAGAAUGUCGAAAUCUCUGAGGCGACAAUCUCCCUUACCCGCCGCGGUGUAUGUCGCUGACAAGAGAUUGUAUGAAGAUGAAGUCAUGCUCGGCACAUAAUUUCUGCAGAUUUGAUUCCGAGGUAUCGCUUAAACCUAUUUUGAAAUGCAACAUGGAAUCAUACCCUCGUCCCUGAGGAAGCUUUGACCCCGUGCUCGACCAAACGCCGUUCGCCUACCCCUAUUC